AUGGCCCAGAUAUCACCUUCGCACCAGUUCACGCGCUCCCCAGAUCACGGGCCGGGCGGGCUCAACCCUCCUCGCAUCGACGAGCUGAGCGUUCACAGCAGUUCUUCAGACUCCCUGACUGUCACGCCACCGCCGGUACACUCGCACAUGUCGCACGAGAACCCGCGACUGCGACCGCCCGGGCGGAGUGCGUACCCCGCCCACAUGCCCGAGGGCUACGUGAUGCCUCCCUCGUGUUCAUCAAGAUAUGGAGCAGACCCAUUCAUGGGUCGGUACGGAGGAACAGACUUUGGCGACGCUUCAACCUACACGUCUGCAGAUUUGGACGAUGCAUUACACUUCAAUCCUGACCAGGAGCCUGGAAUUUAUAGCCUAACUGCAACGAGCAGUUACGACGAGGAUUCGCAACUGUGA